GGCGCCGGAGGGAGCCAUGGAGGCGGCCGUAGGGGCGGCCGGCGCGCGAGGAGGUUGGCGAUUGGAGCCGGCGCCGCCGCUGCAGCAGACCCCGCUAUCCCGGCGCUCGGAGCAGUAAUCGCCGCCGUGUCCCGGAGACCCUGGCCCGGAUCGAGCCCCCUGCCCCGACCCCUGCCCACCACCUCCAGCUUCCAGGACCCUACUGAGCCCCGCCGGCCUGGCCCGAACCCUUCCUCCCUAGUGCCCCCUUGAGCUGCCUGGGGCGGCAGCUGGAGGCGCUCCGGAGUCCCGGCGGCUGGCGCCGUUAGUAUGCCCGCCUUCCCCGCUGCCCCCCGGGUGCGUUCCCCCUGCGGCUCGCGAAUCGGGACGCGGCAGGGAGUUUGAGCGGCGUCGUCCGGGCUGGUGCCGGCCCGGCCCAGUGCGUACUGCGCCCCCUCGUCCCCCCGCGGAAAGAGGGGCGUCUCCGGCCAUGUAUUUCCUGAGCGGCUGGCCCAAGAGGCUGCGGUGCCCUCUGGAGACCCUGGAGCAGCCGCUGCACAUCCAGACGGACCCCCAGAGGGCUUUCUUCGCAGUGCUGGCCCCGUCCCAGCUCAGCAUCUGGUAUAGCAGGCCCAGUGUAUUAAUUGUAAGCUACAAGGAACUAUCAAAACCAGCUUCUCAGUUUGGACCCUAUAAGCAAGCAGAAUGGAGGCCUGACAGCACCAUGAUAGCUGUUUCAACUGCAAAUGGAUACAUCUUAUUUUUUGAUAUUCCAUCCUCAAGGGACAAGUAUCUUUAUGAGCCUGUGUAUUCCAAAGGAAGCCCACAUGUGAAGGGGACACCACGUUAUAAGGAAGAGCAAUGUGCUCCUUCGUUAAAUCUAGAGAUGAAGAAAGUGCUGGAUUUGCAAGCAUCGAUCACCAGUUUGCAGUCCAUGCUGGAGGACCUACUGGUUGCUACUGCUGAUGGAUUGCUCCACCUUAUUCACUGGGAUGGCAUGACAAAUGGAAGGAAAGCCAUCAACCUAUCUACAGUACCAUUUUCUGUAGACCUGCAGUCUUCUCGAGCAGGUUCAUUCUCGGGCUUUGAAGAUAUACACAUUAGAGAUAUGGAAUAUUGUGCCACACUUGAUGGGUUUGCUGCUGUUUUUAAUGAUGGCAGAGUUGGUUUCAUUACCCCAAUAUCAAGUAGAUUCACGGCUGAGCAGCUCCGUGGUGUUUGGGCACAAGAUGUUUUUGAUGGAACUUGUGUGGCAGUAAAUAACAAAUACAGAUUAAUGGCAUUUGGAUGUGCUAAUGGCUCUGUGCAAGUUUAUACAAUAGAUAACUCCACAGGAGCCAUGCAGUUGUCUCAUAAGUUGGAGCUGACACCAAAACAGUAUCCUGAUAUUUGGAACAAAACAGGACCUGUAAAACUGAUGAGGUGGUCUCCUGAUAACUGUGUUGUUAUGGUUACGUGGGAAUGUGGAGGCUUGUCCUUAUGGAGCGUUUUUGGUGCCCAGCUUAUCUGUACUUUGGGAGGAGAUUUUGCUUAUCGGUCUGAUGGUACCAAAAAAGACCCUCUAAAAAUCAGCUCUAUGAGCUGGGGUUCAGAAGGCUAUCACCUAUGGGUGAUCGAUGGGAAUUGUUCUCUGAAUGCAGGGUGUGAUAUAGAUACCAAGAACGAAGCUCAUCAACUUGGUAUUCUGCAAUUUCAGUUCAUCAAGAGUGCACUCACUGCUAACACUUGCAUGAGUAACCAGGAGCAGGUCCUCCUGCAAGGAGAAGAUCGCUUGUAUUUGAACUGUGGGGAUGCAACACAGGCCCAGAAUCCCAGAAGUGCUUCAGCACACUCUGAUCAUAAGCCCAUCAGGGAAAGGGGCCCAUUUUUGGAGGGCAGUUUAGAUUCUCAGGGUUUAAGCACUUUAUUAGGACACAGGCAUUGGCAUGUUGUACAGAUUCACAGUACAUAUCUAGAGAGCAACUGGCCUAUAAGGUUUUCAGCCAUUGACAAGCUGGGGCAGAAUGUAGCUGUUGUUGGCAAGUUUGGUUUUGCACAUUAUUCUUUACUCACCAAAAAAUGGAAGUUGUUUGGGAACAUUACCCAGGAGCAAAAUAUGAUUGUAACAGGUGGCAUAGCCUGGUGGAAUGAUUUCAUUGUUCUUGCAUGUUAUAAUUUAAGUGACCGCCAAGAAGAGCUAAGAAUCUACCUGCGAACAUCCAAUCUGGACAAUGCAUUUGCACAUGUCACCAAAGUGCAGGCAGAAACAUUACUACUCAGUGUCUUCCGGGAUAUAGUAAUAUUGUUUAGAGCAGAUUGUUCUAUUUGCCUUUAUAGUAUUGAAAGACAACCUGAUGGUCCUAACCCUACUGCCAGUAUUCAAGUUCUUCAGGAGGUAUCCAUGUCUCGUUACAUUCCUCAUCCUUUCCUUGUUGUUUCUGUAACUCUGACAUCGGUGAGAACAGAGACUGGCAUCAACUUGAAAAUGCCACAGCAGGCCUGUGAGGCAGAAAGCAUUAUGUUAAACUUAGCAGGACAACUCAUCAUGGUACAAAGGGAUCGGUCUGGCCCCCAGAUACGAGAGAAGGACAGCAGUCCUAACCAAAGGAAACUUCUGCCUUUUUGUGCUCCAGUUGUGCUAGCCCAGUCGGUUGAAAAUGUUUGGACUACCUGUAGGGCAAACAAACAAAAGCGCCACUUACUGGAGGCACUCUGGCUCAGCUGUGGUGGGUCAGGUAUGAAAGUCUGGCUUCCUUUGUUUCCCAGGGAUCACCGCAAACCACAUUCUUUUUUGUCAAGACGGAUCAUGCUGCCUUUCCACAUCAACAUAUACCCCUUGGCUGUUCUGUUUGAAGAUGCCUUGGUUCUUGGUGCUGUCAAUGACACUGUACUCUACGACUGUUUAUACACUCACAGCAGUGCUAGACAACAUUUGGAGGUCCUCUUUCCUUUCUGUAUUGUUGAGAGAACCUCUCAGAUCUACCUCCAUCACAUUUUGCGCCAGCUUUUGGUGAGGAACCUAGGAGAGCAAGCCUUGCUUUUGGCCCAGUCCUGUGCCACAUUACCUUACUUUCCUCAUGUGCUAGAACUGAUGCUUCAUGAAGUGCUGGAAGAAGAAGCUACCUCGCGGGAGCCCAUUCCCGACCCUCUGCUUCCCACUGUGGCUAAGUUCAUUACAGAGUUCCCCCUUUUCCUGCAGACAGUUGUUCAUUGUGCUAGGAAGACAGAAUAUGCCCUGUGGAAUUACCUUUUUGCUGCUGUUGGAAACCCAAAAGACUUAUUUGAGGAGUGCUUAAUGGCCCAGGACUUAGACACAGCUGCCUCUUACCUUAUUAUCCUACAGAACAUGGAGGUUCCAGCAGUUAGUAGGCAGCAUGCCACUCUUCUGUUCAACACUGCCCUGGAGCAGGGAAAGUGGGACCUUUGUCGUCACAUGAUCAGAUUUCUUAAAGCCAUUGGUUCUGGUGAAUCAGAGACUCCGCCACCAACACCCACAACUCAGGAACCCAGCUCAACUGGUGGCUUUGAGUUCUUCAGACAUCGCAGCAUUAGUUUAUCUCAAUCAGCAGAGAAUCUUCCUGCUAACAAAUUUAAUCUACAGAAAACACUGAGCAUGCCUUCUGGUCCAUCUGGGAAAAGGUGGAGUAAAGACAGUGACUGUGCUGAGAAUAUGUACAUUGAUAUGAUGCUCUGGCGUCAUGCUCGACGCUUGCUGGAGGAAAUCAGGCUUAAAGACCUUGGAUGCUUCGCUGCACAACUAGGCUUUGAGCUGAUUGGUUGGCUGUGUAAGGAGCGAGCCCGAGCUGCCCGUGUGGAGGAUUUUGUGAUUGCCUUGAAGAGACUACACAAAGACUUUCUCUGGCCAUUUCCAGUCAUACCAGCUUGCUCUGUUAAUUCACCUUUCAAGAAUGGAAAGUACAAGACAGCUGUUGGAGAGCAGCUGCUCAAGUCCCAGUCUGCAGACAGCUUUUUAAAUGUGGAAAUGGACACGGGGGUCUCAAGUGCACCUCAGAGUCACAGCUGGCUUAGCACCAUCAAUUCCUCCCAGAGAGAAAUGGACACACUUUCAUCCCAUGGACCUCACAUGCAAGAUGCAUUCCUCUCUCCUUUAUUAAAUAAAGGUGAUGAAUGCAGCAUUGGUUCAGCAACAGACCUGACAGAAACAAGUUCUAUUGUGGAUGGUGACUGGACCAUGGUGGAUGAAAACAUCUCCACUCUAAGUUUAACACAGUCAGAGCUGGAACAUCUUUCUCUGGAAUUGGCUAGUAAAGGGCCACACAAGUCACAGGUCCAACUACGGUAUUUGCUACACAUCUUCAUGGAAGCAGGAUGUCUGGACUGGUGCAUUAUCAUAGGCCUUAUUCUCAGAGAAUCUUCAAUAAUCAACCAGGUUUUUAUCAUAAUGCAGUCCUCUGAUGCCGAUGGAGAGAUCUGGCAGAAUAUCAAGACUGGGCUACAUGCUGUAGACAGAUGGGCUUCCACAGAUUGCCCUGGGUACAAGCCAUUUUUAAAUGUCAUCAAGCCACAGCUCCAGAAACUAAGUGAGAUAUCAGAAGAGCAAGUGCAGCCUGAAGCUUUUCAACCAGUGAACCCUUGUAAGGUUACUGAACAAGCCAGCCCAAGGGCAGAGGAAAGCCGGAGUUUGACCUGCCAUAGCACUAGCCCUCAGAGUGAUAGUGGAAGUAGCAGUGUGAGUCGACAUGAAGAGGACAUGUCUGGGGCAGAGGAGGAGGAUCCUCUCCAGGAAGGCAGUUAUGACUGCACCGUAUCCUAACAUGAUUUUAGCUAUUAAUGAUAGCACAGCUGGCAGAUAAGUACACAAAUUAUCAGGAUUGUAAGGAAGCAAACCAGCUUUCAGACAUGCUUCCCUGGGUUGGAUUUUAAUGUUUGAUUUCUACAAGCAUUGAAUAGAGAAUGUCAAAUCCAUGGAUGAAUAUAAGGUGACCUCCAAUAAGCAGCUCAACCUUUCAGUUUUAAAACACCUACAAUUGAAACCAAGAGAAUAGUUAUGUAAAAAGAUUUGGUUUUAUUGUGACUAAGACUUGUUCUUCCUCUGUCCUCCUCUAAAUUGAGCUUCCUCUCUGGUACUGGAUAUUGAUUGCAGAAGGACCGCAAUAGGCAUCAAUGCAGUUUAUUUUAACAUCCAUUUCAUGGGUCCCUUUGCCAUAUGCGUCACCUAAUUUGAACAUCUCCUAUAUAAUGAGAGAAAGCAAGAGAUGACUACACCAUUUUAUAAUCCUCCCCACCUUGCCUGUUUUUCCUGUCACUUAAAAAUAUGAAUUGUAAGACGAAGCUAGUUAGAAAGUUAUGGCCUGAGUCAACUGGGAUCUAAGUGUUUAAUAGAUUAUGCUAUUUGAUAUCACUAAAUAUUUUGUAUUAAAGAAUUGUAAAGUGUAUGUUUUUGUGAAUAUUCUUGUAUAAAUAUUCUCAAGGGUGUGCUGUUCAUGCUCUUGGAGUUGUACCAUAUUUGAAGGUACCGGUGUAUUUUGCAUGGUUAUAACUAACUGGUAAAAUUAAAGCAGAGUUGCACUUCCUUCUGGAUGUGGCAUACUUUUACUCUGCCCUAUCAUUAGAGUAACAUUUUAAAAGUGGCUUGGUUUUUACACUUGGCCACUCUGACCUACAAUUAAUUUUAAGAUUACUGAACGUUUAUUUAUUUCAUGUGUAAAUUCCUUUCACAAGAAUGGAUUUUUUUAUAUAAAUAGAAUCACUUAUGUACUGUUACUAAAAUUUAAUAUGUAAGCAGUGCAUACUUACUUUUUUUCAACAUUUUAUAAUGUGUAUACCUGUAAUUAAAUAUAAGAUUUUAUUUUAACUUUCGGACACUGUUCUGAAAAGCUGGCUGCAGAAGUCUCAUAGCUGCUUUGAGGUGCUUAUUUUCCUAGCUGCUGUCUCCCAAUAUAUGUAAUAUUAAAUACCUGUAACAGUAUUAAUUUAGAUAUUAGCUUGUUUGUACUGUGCAAUCUGAACAAAAUAAUGCAACAUUGCUUAUUUUAUACAAAAUCCCACUGGCUUAUUUUUAUAACAUCAUUGUAUUGAUUUUUUACAAUGUGGUAGUUACAGCAUAGUCUCCCUCUGCUGUUAUUCCCAUUCAGAUUCUGAAAAUAAAACCUGACCUGUCUUAAGUGUGAAGAAUAUUCACAAGGGUGAAAUAAGUGGCUGGUUGCACUUGCUUAUUUAUGUUUUAAAGAGUUUAAUGGUGUCUGCUGUAGGUGUAAUUUUAUUGAUUGUCUUACAUGCAGCAAAACUUCAAAUCCUGUUUUGAUUAAGUUAAUCUACAGUAGUAUAGCUAUGGGGGACAGAUCCUGCCUAGUAAAUAAAGCACACUAAUGUCAGUUAUCUGAAGUAUAUUCUUCCAUCCAAAUUAGGGGACUUGAACAAUGAAACAGUUGUAUUAAGCUUUUGGUGAACUGACUUUUAAAUCUAUAACUGGGUUAAAAGAAUACAGUUAACUUAAACUUGGUAUAGAAAAAAAUAAUUUUGUGAGCAUGGCUAGACAACAAAAAUCAAAUGAAAGCAGGCCUUAAGAACUUAGUUUGGGUUUUAAAUGCUAUAAGUAAAAGUCUGACUUUGUCAUUUGUGUA